AUGAACAUAAUGCUGGGGAAAAAACUGGCCCAGAAAAGGUUAGCUAACGAAAACACGGCUAAGCUUGACAAUGCACUCAAAGUGCUAAAGAAUAAGGAUGAAGAGGGGCUUGUUAAAAGAGAUUACUCAAUCCAUAUUACCAAGGAUGGCCAGUCCUUAAAGACUACAGAGAGACAAGUUUCGUCCGUACCGCCACCAAUUGCUACGAAACCUUCUGAUAGCGAGUUAUUUUUGGAGAACGGAUUGCCUGACCACGAGUUUUUGAGGACUCAUUUCAUAGGCCAAGGAAGACUUCAUGAAUAUCAGGCCAUUCGUAUCAUUGAAAUGGCGACUUCACAAUUUAUUAAAGAGCCAAACUUGCUAGAGGUACCUGCCCCAGUGACAGUGUGUGGUGACAUUCAUGGACAGUAUUAUGAUCUCAUGAAACUGUUUGAAGUUUCAGGACAUCCUAAAGAUACCAGUUUCCUAUUUCUGGGGGAUUAUGUUGAUAGAGGAUGUUUUUCUAUUGAAUGCCUCAUUUAUCUGUAUUCUCUAAAGUUGAAUUAUAGUGACACUUUUUGGAUGCUAAGGGGAAAUCAUGAGUGCCGUCAUUUGACAGAGUACUUCACCUUCAAGGCCGAAUGUCUCCAUAAGUACUCAGAAGACCUGUAUGAGGUUUGCGUUCGAUCCUUCCAAGGGCUUCCUUUAGCAGCAAUCAUGAAUAAGCAGUUUUUUUGUGUUCACGGAGGUAUAUCACCCCAUUUGAAAUCUAUUGACGAUGUGAAUCGUAUCGAUAGAUUCAGGGAACCUCCUACAAAAGGAUUGAUGUGCGAUUUGCUAUGGGCAGAUCCUAUAGAGGAAUACGAUGAGGACGACGCCACCGAGGAUCAUUUUGUUCCAAACACAUUAAGGGGCUGCUCUUAUGCGUUUUCCUACGAGGCCUCUUCUGCGUUUUUGAAGAAGACAGGUCUAUUAUCGAUUGUUCGUGCCCAUGAAGCGCAAGAUGCAGGAUUUCGAAUGUACAAAAGGACUAAGACGAUGGGAUUUCCUUCACUUUUAACAAUGUUUUCAGCUCCCAACUACUUGGACAGUUACAACAAUAAGGCUGCAGUGCUGAAGUACCAGGAUAACGUUAUGAAUAUAAGACAAUUCAGCUCAUCCCCACACCCAUAUUAUCUUCCCAAGUUCAUGGAUGUAUUUACUUGGUCUCUUCCUUUUGCUGGCGACAAGAUGGUGGAUAUGCUAGUUUCCAUUCUUAACGUUUGUUCUCAGAAAGAACUGGAUGAAGAGACUCCUUUGGCCAAAGUUCCUGCUAGUGCCUUAGAAAAUGUAGACAAACUAAUAAAACAAAAGAAAGCAAACGCUUCAAAGACUACCCAAGAGUCUCAGAUAGACCCUAUGGACUUGGAAGCCAAGAAAGUGGUACUCAGAAAUAAGAUUCUGGCAAUUGGAAGAGUAUCCAGGAUGUAUCAAGUUCUCCGUCAAGAGUCAGAAAAUGUACAAAAACUUAAGUCUCUGAGCGUGGAUGGCCAGCUCCCCCCUGGUUCAUUGUUAAACGGACCUGAAGGAAUUCGCCAAAAGAUUCACUCGUUUGAUGAAGCACGUAAAAUGGAUCUCAAGAAUGAGGCACUACCGCCUUUGCCCACGGACUUUGCAUACCAGCAGAAACUAGAGGAUGAACGUAUAAGACGCGAUAUUGAACAGCAGGUUAAACAAGACCGAAAGUUUAACACAUUGGCCCAAAGACUAAGUGAUUUUUGA